UUUCUUUUUCCCAUCUCUCCUCAGUAUAUAAACUUCGCACACUUUGUUGGCACAGUGUAUCCCGGCAACUAAGCCUCCUUAUCGGCGGUGAAAUGGACGAGUCUUGGAGAAUGAGGAUGGGGGUGCCAGACCUCCCUCGACGGCGAUCGACUGAGGGACCGUCGAUUCGGUCCUUCUCCAGAGGUGCCGGACCUAUGAAGAACGAAGACUUCUCCGACGUCUUUGGCGGUCCGCCGCGGAGUGUCCUAUCGCGGCAAUUCUCCGGGGAAGUUAGAAACAAGCAGUUCGACUUCUUCUACGAAGAAAUGUUCCGACCUCCGGAAUGUUUCUCUUCGGCAAAGAAUGCCGGUCGGAACUUACCGGUUUUCAGGAUUCCGGCGGGAGGCGAGGGGUUUUACAAUGAUAUAUUUGGAUCCGAUCAAGAGCGGCGAUCGAGAGACAGGUCGAGGCAGAACUCGAAGGGGAAGUCAAAAUCAAACUCGUCGUCGGUGUUGAGCUCCGAGGAGGCGAGCCCUUUCCGGCAUGUAAUCGGUGACGACGUCGUGUUAUCCUCCUUCGCUGCGAAGCUCAGGCCUAUCCAUAUCCCAACAAAAUGGAGCUCAUCAAAGAUGAAGCCUGAGGAGCAUCAAAAGAAACAAGGGAUGUCGUUCUUUUCAUUCAACCGUUCUGCCUCCAUGGAAAACCAGUACGAUGAUAAUGAGGUCAAGGAACCUUUCAGGAGCUCCUAUUGUGGGUUCCCUCAGCCGAUGUCAUCUCCAGAAACUAUUAGCCUUGAACCAACUUCAUACAGGAGCAUGAAAGUAUCAAUGGAUGAUUUAGAACCUAAUUCCCCGUCAUCUUUAAUGUCUUCAUUGUGCCAGGAGUCAGAAGCCAAACCUGAUGUUCAAGUAAAUGUGUUAUCAGAAGAAGAGGACGAAGUAAUGAGCUCUUAUGUCAUUGAGAUUGGUUCUGAUAAUAGAGAGGGGACAAACGAAGCAGUUGCACUUAACGAAGUGAUUGCUUGGGCAAAAGAAAAGUUUAACACACAGACUUCUGAGACAGAUUUGAGCACAAGACUGAAUGAUAGUGAACAAUUUGUUGAAACAGAAGGACGAUCUGCUUCAUGUGAAUUUUCUGGUGAACAGUUGGGGGUUCAUGACAUAACACGAUCUUCAGAGGUAGAAGAAAGAAUUUGGUCAGCUGAAGAGGAAAAGGCAGAGUCUGAAAAAGAUAUGGAAAUGGAAGAUAUAGAUGAAGAUAUAAAGUUAUGGUCAUCCGGCAAGGAAACCAACAUCCGGCUGCUACUUUCAACACUCCAUCACAUUCUAUGGCCCAGGAGUGGCUGGCAUGUAACUCCACUUACAAGCCUUAUGGAGGGUUCACAGGUGAAGAAAGCUUAUCAGAAGGCAAGACUAUGCCUCCAUCCAGACAAGCUGCAGCAGAGAGGAGCAACAAACAUGCAAAAAUAUGUCGCUGAAAAGGCUUUCACUGUCCUCCAGGAAGCAUGGACAGCCUUCAUUUCCCAAGAUGCAUUCUUUUGACAAAUGCACAACAAGGGAACCUUGGAAAGUCGGUUUACUGCAAGUUAUAACUACGACGAAAUCAGUAGCUGAAAUGCCCAUGUUUGGCUCGAUGGAUUUAAGUCGUUUUGCUUGCAAGAUUCGUACACGUUCUUUUGGAUGAUUAAAGAAUAUGAGAUGAGAAUAUUGUGAAAGAGUAUGAGA